AUGGGAGUCGAGCAUCCGCACAAGCACAAGCACAGCGGCGCAGACCGACGGGAUCGACAGCCGCACACAAACCCCGCCGAUCGUCGCCAUGCUGGUGAUGAUGGUGAUGAUGAUGUUGACGAUGGCCAGAAUCAUCACCAGGAUGACCGUCGGGGUGACCGUCGGGGUGAUGCUGGCUCAGUGAAGGCAGCAGACCACCACCAUGUGGACAGCAAGGAGCUCCGACCGACGCGAGCCACCAAACCGCUCAAGGGCAGCACUUCCGCACACACUGCUGCUGCUGCUGCUGCUGCUGCUGCUGCUGCAUCAUCAGUCAUGUCGAUGGACGUUGAUCAUGAUCAUGAGGAUGAUGGUGACGACGACGAUGCAGCAGGCAUGGACGCGGCGCAGGACCACCUUCACCUCCACGCUGAUGAAACCACCAGUAAUGCCGGGCCGCGGCUGCUCAGCUCGGGCGCUGCGUUUGUGGCGGCCAUGCGUGGGACGGCUGGCGAGGCAACGGACGCACUGCUGCGGCUGUGUCGGCAGGCGGCUGUGGCGUGCAAUCUCACGUCGGGAUCGAUGGCCGUACUCGUCAGUAGCAGUAGUAGCAGCAGCGAGGCGAACACGAGUGCAAGGCAGUCAGCAACGUCCACCACUCAUGCGACGCGCGUCGAUCUCACGGCAGUCAUCCGAGAGUACGUUGCGCAGUCGCGAAAGUGCGCCGAGCUGUUUGUGAUUCUGGACGCGGCCAAGGCGGACGACCGGCAAGCUCCGAUCGCGCUGCUUGCACUCGAAGCACUCGGCUGGAUUCUGGUGCACACGUCCAAUAGCGCUUUGCAACAGGCAGAGGAUGACGUUUCCAAGAAUUUACACGCGACAGGAGCAGCACCUGCAGCAGCCGUCAAGAACGUGAACAAAAUCACCAUCGACAAGGACUUGCGCUUUGCCGGGCCUGCCAUCGCGCACACGUUGCUCCGAGAACACACGCGCACCCUGUACCAGUGCCUAACGUCAGACAAGGCACGUGCGCCGUUUAUUGCCGCGUGGGUCGUUGCUGCGAUUGGCCGGCACAGCGCUGAGGCGGCCGCCGAGCUGUUCGUUUCGACUGCAGGAUUCUCCAUGUCCAACAAGGCCCUGGUUCGCUUGGUGGGGCGAAGAUCGCGUCCCAACCUUGUUCCAGGCGAGCUGCCAUCCUUCCCGCUGGCUGAGGCUGUGCCUGAAUCGGACGCGUGCUUUUCCGCUUCCUUGUGCCAAAAGACGUUGGGCGCGGAUUGGUUUGCAUCGUACACGGCCAACCCAAAGCAACAGUCCGCACCCUGGCUGCUGGGAGUGGGCUCGCCUUACACCGACUCUGGUCGCGAACUGUCCAUCAGAAUUGCAUUCGGACCACUGGAGCACCGCGAUGCGAAUUUGACGGCCCGAGCGCUGGCCAUGGCGAACGCCACCGAGCCUUCACCCUUGGGCCUGUUCUUGCGAGAUUUGGAAGGCGAUGCCUUCCCCACCAUCCGCUUUGCGCUGAGCCACUUGGAUGAGUACGUCAUCCGCGUGCCUCGUUUGCCAAAACGCAGCAAACUUGCCUUCUUUCAACCGCAGGUGCUCGAGCAAUUGGCAUCGUACUACCAGUCAACCGUCACAGUCAACUCAAAGCCCAAAUCUGCACGUGGCAAGCGCGCCGCAUCAGCAGAGGCUGCGCCAGGCCCUCACCCCGAACUCGAGCUCGUUGACGAAAACCAGGGGGAAAACGCCGUUACUCUUUUGAAUGACACUGAUGUGCUAGCCGCCACCCAAGGCCUCACGGCAGCCUUUGCCACUGCGCAAACGCUCCGCCAUCUGGUCCAUCUCUUUCUCGUGAGCUGUUGCGCAUCGCCCGAGCAUGGCAUCUGGCUCAUCGACAGUCGGUGGCAUGCUGGAAAGUUUGCCAACGCGCCCACACAGCAGACCCAAGCAGGGGUCUCAUUCAAGACUGCUGAUAGCAACAACGCAGUGACACCCGCCGCCCUCAAGCGCACGGCCAAUUCCACGCUACAUCGGUUUUUGCAAUCGCUGACCAGCGCCAAUGAGGACCUGCUGGUGCGACGCCUGGUGGUUUCCAUCCUCCACCAAACCCCAGAGCUCACGCUGCCCUACCUGCUCACUGUCCCGUUUUCGUUUGAGCCCCGCCUGUCCUCUCGGUGGCUGGCGAAUGUUCAGCUGCUUCGCCGAGUGCUGCUUGUCACGAGCAUUCCUCCACUCGGAGACAUUCCUCCUGCUGAUGCCCGCUUUGUUGUCGAGCACAUUCUCCCCGAGCAGGUGAUGACACGAAGCGCAUUGAGCAUUGGCUUGCAACACCCGUCGGCGCUUGUCCGCCACUCUGUCAUGCAACUCCUGCUCUCCCUCUUUGCCAAGGCAGACCAAGUCAGCCAACACCUGGAUGAUCUGGCUGCCCGCGGCGAUGGCAGCACCUCGCGGCAAAUUGCCACCUUUAUGCGCUCCUUCCGUCUUGCGCUUCGAAUUCGAAUGCCCGACCUGCAAAUUGUGAUUGCCCUGACCUCGCAGUAUAGGCUGGACAAGGAAGUCUCGGCGUCGGACUCCUCCUCCUCCUCCGAUGCCAAUGCCGUGAAUUCGCAGCAGCAAAUGCUGCUCUUCACGGAUGCGUUGCGACUCUUGACGUGCCUUUGCAGACACUUGCCCGAUCUGUUCCUCGAAUCUCGGUUUGACGUAGGCAAGUUGCUGGUCGGCGAUCUCCUGGUGUCCUCUCCGCCUAUUGUUCAAGAGUGUAUCCUACAGCUCGUCCAAGUCUCUCCUGAAUUCAAGUGGCAGGCAAAGUGCGGUGCACCCAGCCGCAAACUUCUUGCCACACAAUCUGUUCAGCAACAAUCACAACAACAAUCACAACAGCAAUCACAACAACAGCAGCAGCCGCAGCAGCAGCAGCAGCAGCUCUCUGGCCUUGGCAAACUCCUCGAGUUGUACGUGACAUCUGGUACCCCCGCUAUCAAAUCACUCGCCUCUUUGGUCAUUGUCAAACUGCUUGCAGACACGGAACUAUUCGGAGAUGUGCUGGACGCACCAUUCCGGUCUGCGCUCGCCAUCGAACCGCUGCAUUGGCUCCGACACUUGACGCCGUCCGUGCCUCUGGUCCAGUUCUUGGACGACAGCCUGUGUGCGCUUGUCCGGGACCCGUACCCCUGGAUGCAGCUCGUCCUCGACGCCAACCAGCAAGCGAACGAGCUGCGACAACGUGUGACUGCCAGCGCCGCCUUGCAGCCCACACUGCAUUCUUCUGGCAAUGCCGUCCUCUGCAUGGUGAUGGAGCAGGAACUGAGUGCUGCCAAUGUCGCCGAGUUCAGCCCACUUGUGUUGCAGGCGUGCAACUUGGUCAACCGCAUGCUCUUCUCGACGCGAAACAAACCACAGCCCGCCCAGCAAUUCGCCCACCACCUGGCAGUUGCAGAAUACCUUCAACGUGUUCUUCUCUCAGUCCUUCAAGAGCAAACCUCACCGUUGGCGUUGAUUGUUGCAAUGGACGGACAAUUCCUUCGUCCGAUCGAACCCGCGGCCGUCGAAGCGUCCGAGGCUCAGCAUGCUCUCCCUCCGACGGUGGCAGUCCUUGGCCGUGCCUUGAUAGCGCGCUGUUUGCACUCUGUCUCCCAUUCGAGCGCGCUCUCUGCGGCACUGGCGGCUUCGGACUCGUCGUUGUUUGCGACGCAGCUGCGCCUGUUCGACGCGAGUGAAACCCCUGUAUCGACGCUCGCGCACGAUCUUCAGUCGCGACUUGGACGACCACCUGUCGCCUCCAAGCUCGAGAUGCAAGCGGAAACACAGCUGCUUGUGCGCAGCCUUCUCUUGCAACAAACAAGUGUUGGCUCACCCUCGCUCGCUGGAGGCUGCUUUGCCGACCUCCUGCGUGUGUGCCAAUCGUACUUGCGUGGUAGCUUUGCUCCCGUCUCGCAAUGGCUGGCAAUGUCGUGGUCGCUCCCUUCGCUCUUUGAAGCCGCUCAAUGUCAGACGACGCAUCCCGAGUUCUCGCUCUUCCAGCAAGCCGUGUCUGCCCUUCCGUUCUCCGUGCUCAUUACCGAAGCGUGUAAACUGGCCGCUUCAACGUUGGGCGCUGCACCGUUCCCCUCGCUCGUGCGAGACUCUGUCAAGACAGCUCUUUUGCGUGUCGACCCUGCGUUCCGUUUGAGCGCGUGUCGCCAACUGCUGCGUGCUCUGGGUGAGGUCUUGCUGAGCCAGACUGCAACAACUGGUAAAGCCGCAACUGGCCUCGUCAGCUGUGUUGAUCUCAUUUUCGGCUGCUUGCACGAGCUGUUGGACGCGGAAGCAUCGCCGGCUGCAAUGCUCCAGACCAUUCUCGACCAUCCCAUUGCGCAGUCGCUGUUUCUUUGCGCCAAAUCAAGCUCCCUCGACUCGGCUGCCCUAUUGGUCACCUUCCAGGUGUCCGAGCUACUGGCCUGUGCCGUCGGCUCGGCAGUGGCGGAGCGACAGACCGCACCGCUGCUGCAGCGCAUCAUUGACUCGGCAAGUGCCCUCGUGCGCACUGCUGGUACCAUCAUCGUUGCUCCGCCCUCAAACAACACAGCACCCGCCACCCCUCGCGACAAGCGACGUCGCGCAGACUCACAGGCGGUGGCAGUCGCGACGGCUCCAGAUGCACCAGCAUCAUCUGCAUUCUCGUCGGCUGAGGUUCUUUCGCUCGUGCGUGCCUUCCAGCCACAUCUCCCGUCGGGUGCAGCUCUGCAGCUCUUGGCCGAGUUGCUCGCUCUGCCUAGCGGGCUGGUGGUGGGUCAAGGGGCUGCUGCUGCUGCUGCUGCUGCCUUGUCACCAGCAGAACAGCAACACCAUGCCAACCUUCGUGUCUUGGUUGAGCUGAUGUUGGCGGUUCUCGCACCAACAGAUGCCAAGUCGCCAACGACCUCGCUGCUGGCCUUGAAUAUUCUUCCCCGCAUUGUUCAGCAGGCUUUGACGAGCGCAGACCCCUUCUUUGAUCGCAUCAUUCUGAGCCUGGUUCGCGCCACGACCGCCUCUGUCUCCUCUGUCUCCUCCGCCUCCUCCGCCUCCUCUACUUCUUCUGGCGAAGGCAAGUCGUUGGUUGCACCCCCAGCCAGCAGUUCCGUCGGCGUGUCUAGUAAUUGGGUUGCGCCAGAGUACACUGCCGCAUGCCUGCGCCGUCUAACGCCUGUGAAUGCCGAAACGAUUGCCGCUCUGGUGCGAUGCUCUGUACUGCAUGCAUCCGUUGCCCUGGACGCCUUGGAGCGUGAUUCCAAGGUCACGCUGGCCCUUCGCCCUCAACAAAGCGACCCGACAGCAAACGCCGCGAUUCGCUCCGUCCUCCUUGCUCUGCUGCAAGUGCCAAACGUCUCCCGACCGCACGCGACUGCCCGCGUGCGCGUGCUGCAGCCGUGGCUACCCAUCUUGGCGGACGCUGUCCAAGAUGCAUCGCUGCAAGAGUCCAAGGAGCAGUCCGUCGCCGUCCAUCGCCCGAUGGUCGAGUUUGCGAUUGCUGCGUUCAAGGCAGUGCUUUUGGACUCGGCAGCCGAAACCAAGACGGCUAAGACCGCAGUGGUGACUGCAUUGCGCUCGGUGUGCGACCUUCCGCUCAGCCAGCAGACGUCAUUCAGUGCGUUGCAGCUUGAGCUCUUGUCCGCCAUGACGGGGCCCGCUUCCUCCGAGCCGGAACUCUUGGAACACUAUCUCCUUGCCGUUAUGCGCUGCGCUACUCUGCUGAUUCACGAAAACCUCACAGACGCCUUGGCGCCGUCCGUUUGUGUCGUGCCAAAGCUCCUCGAAGUGCUGGAACAGCAAGUGCUCGCCUUGCCUCUCGAACCGUGGACGCACUUUGGCGCUCGUCAUGGAGCCGGAAUCGUCAAGGCCGUCGUGUCGCCAUUCUUGGAGCGGUGCAUUCGCGCUCGCGCUUCGGACGCGUCCUUCCUUGGUGCAUUGGCGCAACUGCUUCCACGGCUCUACGAGCAAGUUGACGACAAAACGACUGCCGUUGACCCGGCGUUGCCCUCGCCCGCCGCUCUCUACAACAAGUUGCUCGAUGGGUUUGCCGUUUCGGGUACGCUGAGCACCGUGGCUGCCGAACGUGUCCAAGCGCAGUCCACUGAUGGCCGACCGGCACGAGGCCGUGAAUCGUCCAAUGAUGACGACACAGAAGAAAACGACGACGAGGAUGAUGCGACUCUGGAAGACGAUGCCGGGGACUCUGCAGCAAGCUCGACUGGGCAGGGCAUUGCAUCAUCUUCCACUGGUGCUCGUUUUGGCGCAUCUCUCAACCCUGCCGAUAUCUCUAGCGCCACCCGCUCAUCCAUCGCCGCGCUGGUCCUGCUGCGGGAAUUGUUUGAACUGGCUCAAGGCACCGGGUGCGCCGUGCUCGAGCACGUGCCAAAGCUGCUGGCACAUUAUGGCGGCACUGCCAGCUAUGUGGACCGCUGCAUUCUUGGCCUCAUGCUCGAGUAUGAGCAUCGGGGUAUUGCCAUUUCCUCGUAUGCGUUCAGCUGGGGCGAUCCCGCCAUGACCGCGAACGACUGGCUUCGGUCGCAGCAACAGCUGCAACUCCAGCAGCUCCGCAACACCACCACCCAGCGCUGUCUUGAGAGGCUGGAUCCCCAGCUGAUGCGUCAUGCCAUUGAAAACUUUGUGCCGUCGUGCUCCGUUGCCUCGAUUUCGCUGGAAGAAAUGCGCGAGAUGGCCCGGCAGAGCCGCAUCAAGCUCACCCCACUCGCUACAGCCCCAAUGCAACCGACCGUGCUCUCCUCGCCUCACCUUGGUUACGACCCGACUUUCAUGCUGCCACUGUUGACCAAUCUGCUCUUUGCCGGAAACAUGACUGACUGCGAGCGCUUUGUUGGAAGCGAUGCUCUGGGCUUGUUGGUUGCCUCGUUGGCGUCCGAAGACGAGUCCACCCGCAUGGUCGGCUACACGUGUUUGGGCCAGUUCAUGGUGGUGCUGGAGGAAGAUUUACGCUUCCGAGAGCGCACACAGCUCCGAGUCUUGCUCAUGUCGCUCCGCAAUGCGGUUGUCAGCCGUGCGCAGCAGCUUCCAUCCGUGCUGAUGUCGGUCGUCGUGCAUGCUGCUCGUGUUGUGACGAAUUCUGCGCAUCCCCUGUAUGCGACGCUGAACAAGUACUUGUUGGCGCGGCCUGCGCUGGAGCUGGACGACAUUCCCAUGUUCUACCAGCUGUUCAACAGCGCAACGCUCGACUCGGCGAGUCUUUCAUCCGCAGCCGCCCUGCAGAUCGACAGUGGGGCCAAAUCCGGAUCGAACAACGCCGGAGAGCAGCCUUUGCACCGCAAGGAGCGCAACUGGCUGCUCCGAGUGCUCGCGACAGGCGUGCGAACCAAGAUGGAUUUGGACGUGCUGCGCCGGCGCCAUGUGCCUGAAAUGCUCAUGGCCUUCAUCAAUUCGUCGCUGUGUCUUGAUGUAUCAACGCGCACCCUUGUCCGCAGUGUUGUUCACCGCUUGGUCUCGUGCUCGAGGCAAGUUUCCGAGGAGCUGGUUCGCACCAACGGCCUACUUACGUGGUUGAGUGUUGAAGUCGCGAACGCCGGCUUGCAAGGUUUGUCGAAUGCCAGCACCACACAAGGCUUUGCGUUGUCACUGACGCCUGGCGGAGAAGCAACAUGCAUCGCUGAUCUUGUCAGCCUUACCGCCACCACCAAGGCGCUUUGGGACUCGCUGACCGCAGACCGUCCUGGCAGUGCUCAUGCGGCGGCACAAUUCCCGCCGGCAGUGACGGUGCUCGAGUUCCAACUGCUGGUGCGCUCGUUGCUGCAGAAAAUCGCCUCGGUGUUUGCAAGCGUUCGCACUCGCGCACUCCCUGCGAUGGAAUUGCUGCUGCCUUUGCUAACGGUGGCAAUCCAAGUUCAGCGUGCUAGCAAUUGGCACACACUCCGAUCCAAGCAGCGUCAGCACGCAGAGUCGUCUUCGUCUUCCUCGUCUCAGGCAAUGGAUGAGAGCGAAGGUCCGAGCAGCAGCACCAAGCCAGUCGUCCAUCUGACAGAGUCCUGCCAGCAUACCCAAUUGACGGCACUCGAGCUCUGCGCCAUCCUGCGCUUGUGGGUCGACGUAUUUGGUGCAACGUCCUCCACCGAUGCCGACGUGGCCGCGUUGGGCGCUUGGAAGGCGGUUUUGCACCAGGCGCUGGCCGGUUCUGCUUUUACCAACGACCUUCUUGCUGCGCCUGUUUUGUUGCAACCGUUGUCGGUCAAGCAAGCGCGCCAGCUGCACUCGCUAGUUCGCGAGCUUCUGACAUCCAUCGACUUUGGCGCGGACAGCGUGCUCGCUGCCACCAACGCCGAGGUCGUGCCUCUACUAUGGAUUGCUUCAGAUGCCUUGAACAUGUGGCCUGCCCAACGUACUGUCACGAGCCAAGACAACAACAGCGAGAGCUCCGCUCUGGAACGCUCUCUGCGAUGGCUCGCGCAGCAUUCUUCUUCCAAGGCCGCAUCCCUCAUUGUGCGCGCCUUCAGCCAAGAAUCGCGCGCUUCAGCCUCCAUUCGGCGGCAGUUUGAGAGCGCGCUGAGUCAACUUGGUUUUUGUGCUGCACAGGUUGGCGUUGACGGGCCUUUGAUCGGUCUUGUUGACUUUAUCUUGGCUGCGAUCUGGUCGACGCGCGAGCUGAGCGCCACUGCCCAGCCUAUUCUGCUGAAGCUGUUUGAUACGUUGCCUACGAGUGUAUCUCUCCCGAAUGGAGACUUUCGCGGGUCCGACGCUGCUCAAGCACCACCUUGUGGCUUGAAAUGCGAUGGCGCGGAACGCAUUCAGCAAUGGCAGCUCAAGACGCUUGCCUUGGCGUUCUGCGAUCUCAACGCCGCUCAACCCGACUUGCCCUCCACGCAGCAUUGGAUUCGCUUGACAUCCACCUCCAACUGCAAGUGUGGUCGGGUUUAAUUUUUUUUUUCUUUAACGACUCUGAACGUUUUUUUGUGUUUGUUGUGCCUGUUCAAGUGUAAUUCCAAUAGUCCAG